AUGCCUUGCUUCAAAGGCCUGGCAGUUAGCAUUCACACACCAGAAGGUCCCAUUGCAGAGUUCUCCGUGCAGCGUCAAUCUCGUCAGUCUCGAAUCGCUUGCUACAUACCCGUUCCGGCGCCAAAAAUCACAGAGUCUGGGAAGGCAGAGUCAUCGACCUUCGCUGUUUCGAUUACCCUUCUCAAUUCCGGACAGAACGUUCCGUAUUCAACACCGAAACCGACGCCAGAAAACCCGAACCCUAAACCCCAGCUUGUUGGUGUAAAUGAUAUCGACGACAACGGACAAGCGCAUUGGAUAAGCCCCUACCACCCGUUGACAGGUUCUCAAAACGAAACAGUUGCCGCAUAUAUCUAUUUUGAUGGUCGACAGAAAGAGGAGGUAGCGACAUUGUUGCGCCGAGGCGAAGAGACAUGGGUCAAUUCGCGAUGGGUCAGUGUUCCUGACUCCGAAGGUGGUGGGCUUGCGGAACGCGAGUUCCUGUUCCGCGAGGUUGGGCUUGAAAGAUGGUUGAAUGGGUUGGACCUGGAAGGCAAAGACGCAGCAGCCAAGAUUGAACGAAGGAGACAGAAGAUGGAGAAACGAAGGUUACAAAGAGAGGCACAAGAGAGUGGCGAUAUGGAAAUGGACGCCACGUCGUCCUCCACCAAACGAGAGAAGGGCAUUAUGCGAUACGGGGAUAAUGCAAAAACCCCUCUACAAAACUUGUCAGACGAUGAUUUCUCGUCGGAUUCAGAUGACGACCCAAUCCCCGAAUCUGCCGGUCAGAUUAAGGUCGCGCUGUUCAGGGUGUUAGCCUCUGGAGAGAUUAAGAGAGGUGAAUACUCACCGCAAUUCGAUGCCCAUGAUGACGAUGAUGAAGUGGGAGGUCAAGACGGAAAUGGGGGUGCGGAUGUUGAUCAUACCACCAGCUUUGCGAAACCCAAGACGCUCGAUCCAAAGACAAUCAGCACCCAGACCGUGACCGGCAUUGAUCCUACCGACAAGCCAUAUGCCGUGUUUACAUUUAUGUACCGUGGUGAACGGCAAUUACAAAAAAUGGGCAUACUGAAACCAAAGACAGCCGAGGAUACAUCUGUCAAGAGAAAGUCUACCGAUUUCUCAAAACUCGCACCACUCAAGCCAGGUGGUGCGGUUGGGUUCAUGAAUUACCGCGAAGGCGAAAGCGCUGUUACGGCAAAAACGCAGGGAAAGUCCAAGAAAAGCAGCGAAAGCGAUAUGGACAGUGACGAAGACGAAGAUGACACUGUUGCAGAGAAAGCUGACGAAGAUGAAGUCAAUGACACUUCUAACUUGUCGCCCGAAGACUUGCGCCGACAGAAAGAUUUGGCGGAAGGUGUGAGGAAAAUCAAGUUGAAACGUCAACAUUCAGCUGAACAAAUGGGUGAUACGACAUCCACAAAUACUCCUGCAUCAGGAGCCACACCACCAGCUGCUCAAAGCUAUGAAUCAUCGACACCCCCAGAUACAUCUGCUUUGGCCGGAGCCGGAGCGAGUGAAAACCCUAGCAGUCUUCCUGAAGACUUGAAGAAUAGCGAAUAUAUAGGCAGCCCAUUGAAGAAGGCAAGAGCCAGCGUCUCUACAGCCGAUGAGAACGGCCUACGAAAGAGGCUCGGAAGUAACCUUUCCAACAAUAUCAGUGAAGUACUGAAAACAUCCAGUGGCAGUGACCCUGAAAAUACGGACGCUGGCAAAAACGCCAGUUUUGGAGGAAGCGGAAGCCAUUUCGGCGGGAGUGUAAAUGUACCUCCUGUCGAAAGUAUGCACUAUCAACAACCGGACGAAGAAGAAGUUCUAUGA